ACUAUUUGACAAAUUGAAAAGUUCCUGGAAUUGAAUAACUUAUUCUGGCUGCAACAAAGCUCAAAGUUCAACGUGAAUCAUAGAGUAUAUGUGUGUAAUGCAUGCAUAUGCGUGUGUGUAAUUUUAAACGUUCAAAUAAAUAUAAUUACUUUGGAUAAGAUAAUUUCUCCUCUUAUGAUCAAGAACAGAUAUCAAGUGUUAUCUGCCCGAGACCUUGGGGAGUCCAAAUAAAUAAAAAUUAUGCGACAAAGUAUGACCAAACUUCGAAAAACAUAGUGUUUGUAGACGGCGUGCGUACACCUUUCCUUCAAUCUGGAACGCAAUACAAAAAUCUCAUGUCAUACGAUCUUGCUAGACAUUCUUUAUUGAGCUUGAGAAGAAAAAUAGGUUUUCCUAAUGAAGCCGUAGAGUAUAUUUGUUAUGGUACUGUCAUGCAGGAAAUAAAAACAUCAAAUAUCGGCCGUGAAGCAGCUUUAGGCGCAGGUUAUAGUGAACAUACACCGGCGCAUACGAUUACAAUGGCUUGUAUCAGCAGUAAUCAAGCCAUAACCACUGCUAUGGGUUUAAUUGCUUGUGGUACCUACGAUGUCAUUGUGGCAGGAGGGGUUGAAUUCAUGUCAGAUAUACCUAUAAGACAUAGUCGUCCUAUGAGAAGCUUAAUGUUGCAAGCCAAUAAAGCAAAGACUCUUGCACAAAAAUUAUCUCUUUUAGGGUCCAUUAGGCCAUCACAUUUUGUACCGGAUUUGCCAGCUGUGGCAGAAUUUUCUAGCGGUGAAACAAUGGGACAUAGCGGAGACCGUUUAGCAGCAGCAUUCGCAAUAACACGAAAGGAAGAAGACGAGUACGCAUUAAGAUCCCACAAGUUAGCUGCGCAAGCACAAUCGCUGGGAUAUUUUUCCGAUGUAGUGCCUAUUAAAGUUCCAGGUAUAGAAGAAGUAGUAAAUAAAGAUAACGGAAUACGUGUUUCAACGCCAGAACAGUUGGCUAAAUUGAAACCAGCAUUUGUCAAACCGUAUGGGACUGUUACUGCAGCCAAUGCAUCAUUUCUAACUGAUGGCGCGUCAGCGGCUCUGAUAACGACAGAGGAAAAAGCUCGUUUAUUGGGUCUCAAGCCGAAAGCAUACUUACGAAACUUUACUUACGUAUCUCAGGAUCCAGUUGAUCAAUUACUUUUAGGUCCCGCAUAUGCUAUUCCCAAGGUAUUAGAAAAAUCAAAGUUAAGCAUAAAGGAUGUCGGCGUAUGGGAAGUACACGAAGCCUUCGCCGCGCAAAUAUUAGCCAAUCUGAAAGCUUUGGAUUCCGAUUGGUUCGCGCAACGUUAUUUAAAAAAAAGUGAAAAAGUAGGUGUCCCAGAACUUCAAAAGUGGAAUUCAUGGGGCGGAUCUCUUUCGAUUGGUCAUCCGUUUGCUGCUACAGGAAUCCGUUUAGUCACUCAUACUGCCAACAGGCUUAUCAAAGAAGAUCAACAGUUUGGGCUAAUUGCAGCAUGUGCUGCUGGCGGACAGGGAGUGGGUAUGAUUUUGGAGAGGUAUCCUGAUGCUAAAAUUUGAUAAAAACAAAUCAUGCUAAAUGAAAGGAAUUACCAAGAAAAAAAUCGAUGUUAACACGAACAUUGUACAGAAACAAAUUUGUAUAUUAAGUUAUCUGUUAAUAUUUUUUUUAGUAUAUUUGUAGAUGUCUCUCGUAAAGAACCACUUUUUUAUAAUAUAUUUUAUUAUAAAAUAAAGUAGCAUAUUAGAAAGA